CCUCUUCUCAUCAUGUGGUUGAACGUCGCUCGCCUUCUGGCAUGGUAUGCGCAGAUGAUAUAUGGCAUGGUCGUAGGAUACGGAAGGACUCAAAUAGUUGAACGUGAAACGCCGACACUCAGCUCUCUUCCAUCCGAAGUCCUCGAUGAAGUGGCCAGCUAUCUCAGCAGAGCAGACCUGGCAUCUCUUUCUCUGGUAGAUCGAUCCUGCAGUGCUAUCUCUCGACCCCACCUCUGGCGCACCUUACCUUCUUUGGCGCCUAUAAUAACCCUUCUUCCACGAGAAUGUUUCGCCAUAGAUGAAUUUGUAAUGACAAAGUCGGAGGUGAGGCGCGGUAGGAUGACAUACUGCUCACACGAGCGACGCACCAAGAUCCAAUACUUGCGUGCACUAGACAUCCAGAAUGACUGCUGGAAGAGAAAUCCACGCCUUUUGCAAUCAGCCUCCCAUGUACAACGGCUCUACCUGCGUCUUUCUCAGCGGAGCGCUACUCACAGUAUAUACGAUCGGAAAGGCACCAUUCACAUCGACUUGACCAACUUCAUCGCCUUUGCCGAGUCUCUCGCACAAUGCGGCACAGCGUCCACCCUUUUCCCCAAUCUAAGAACCCUUGAGGUUGAUUGCAGCUCAGAGGACGGCUUGCCGGCGAGAUUGUUGCUUCCCUUCACCAGCCCACGUCUCUCCGUUUUCAGCACUAACUGCCUUGUAUCUGGAAUGGACGACCAUCCAAACUGGAACCAUGUCACCGAAUUCCGGUUUGCUGAACCGCGACUUGAGGGGAGGGUGUUGAACUCGAGCGUCGCCGAGAUUCCUAUGUUCACAGCAAUACAGUCACGAAUUCGAGCUGUAAGAACGCUUGAUCUAUGCCUCCAUCGCGCGCGGGGCCUGCACGCGCUACUUUCCCAGUGCUCGCGCACGCUCUGCAGCCUCAGCCUGACGAUCGCGAGUGGCCGCAACAAGCGUGUCGACAGCUUUGCUCUGUACCAUCUGCGCCGUCUGACGCUUCGCGGACAGUCUGGCGCCUUCGCAUCCGCUCUGCUGGGAUCCCCCCAUUUGCAGCUCGUCGAUGUGCAGCCAUCCCUUUCGCGAGGCGAAAGUGACUUCACAGGGAUUGUCGAUCGCAUCGCCCGCGGCUGUCGAAAUGACGCACUUCAGCGAGUCCGCAUAGUGGGGAAGGCCCGCGUCGUGUGGUCGCUGGCUAUGCACCACAUCGACCCACUGACCACCUUCGGUAACCUGGUCGAGCUAGAAGUGCGCGCGUCGUCCCACAUCGCCUUGGGCGAUGCCGAUUACGACUUGCUGGCCCAGCGCUUGCCGCGAUUGCAUGUCUUCAAAGUAAGCGAUAUAGACUUUGCCGCUGCUCCUCGGGAGCCCCCACAACGGCCCGCCACCCUGCAUGCGUUGGUCUCAUUCGCCACGCGUUGUCCCGACCUUCGGCAGCUGUCUCUCGAGAUUCAUGAGGCGGAGACCGUGCCCUCACUUGCGGAAGGGCUACUUGCCGUAACGCUGCCGACCAAGGCCAGCCAGGUCGACGAGCUGGGGGUUGGCUCGGGCGGCAAGGCCAUCUCUCCCGCUGAUGUGGCCAGUUUCUUACGUCUCCUCUUCCCCUCCCUCCGGCACCUCAAAGUGUCCCAAUGUUGCGACCGAGAGGCGUGGAACGCGGUGGAGAAAAUGGUCAUGGCGCCGAAGGAUGCUGAGCAUUGAGGGAUACGCAACUCAUCUUGACACGUAGCAUGAGAUGUUGGCGACAUGCUCCUGGGGACGAUCAGUAUUAGAUAAGUCCCUUCGAUAGACAUCGACGACACUGGACUACAUGCGCCCGUCCAUUCACCUGUC